UCCCCCAAUUUUCGACAUUCCAAUUUUAGCACACCAAAAGAUUUUCAAACAUAAAAAUCCCCCUUUUUUCCUAAACCAAACAAAACAUCAAAUUUCGUUUACGAACCCGCUUUCCCCUUCCCCCUCCCCAAAAUUAUUGACGAGGGUUUUCCUCAAUUUUUUUCCGCAGUGACAUAUGAGCGGGGCAUCUGUGGGUUGUUCUCAGCCUAGACCAUGUUCUGGGGUGAAGACUGUGAGAAGGUGUAGAAAUAGAAGAGAAACAGAUAAUGUUGUCUUGAUUGAUGUUGAUAGUGAUAGUUUUCCUAAUGUUAUUAUCAUUGAUGUUCCUGAAUCUUUACAAAAUAAGCUUCGAGGGUCCAGUGUGCUAAGAAAUGAUAGAAAGGGUCCUUGGGCAACAGUUAUCUGCUUAGAUGAUGAUGAAGGAACUGAUGGCAAUAACGCUCAUCCUGGGGUAGAAGUGGAUGAGAAUGUAAAGAAUGGUGCCUCUUCUAGCAAGAGGGAUUUCUCUGCACCUCGUAACUAUGCAAGCUCCUCAAAUUCAGUUGCUGAUGAUUGUCAAUUUGUUCGAGAAAAUUUAUCUCCAGUGAAAUUGUCAAAGGGCAAAAGAACCUAUUCUAGAAAAGGGCCUGCCAACCAAUAUGGCCUCAGUGCUGACUCAGAAAGUAGUUCAUCUGACAGUGAUUAUGUUGAUUGUGAGUUGAUGGAAGGUCCUUCUGGAAGGCUACGAGAGCAGUGGGAAAAAGCCUCUUCAAAAAGGAAAUGUGAUACUCGCAAUGGUCGGUCUGAUACUAAAGAUCCUGAAGUGGUCUUUAGUGGAGCUCAUCGAAAUGGUAAUUUAGCUAAUGGACAUGGUGAACCUAAAAAAACUGCGGAAAGUAAAGAAAAAGAACCUCCAGCUCAUUCAAUUCCGAAAGAGGAUGGUGAUUCGGGCUGCAGUUAUUCCAAUUCCAAGCAGGCAGUGGUUGAUGAUGAUGAUCUUUUAGAGUCAGUUUUAAAAACUCCAUUUCCUGGCAGCAAAGCUGAUCCUCCUUGUAGGAGAGAACCUGUAAAUGGAGAACGUCCAUUUGACAAUGCUGAACACCAUAGUGGCCAAUUUUUUGAGAAAGGUGGUUCAAGUUUUCAUAAUGAGGAAGAGCAGGUCCCUCGUGGAGCGGAUUCUGUUCCUUAUUCUGACUGGGGCAGCAGGAAAGUUAAUCAUGUGGAGAAGGUUUUGCAAAAUAAGAAAGAGCCACAUGAAAUACAGUGUCAGAAUCCAGUGAACCAGGAUUAUGGAAAAUCUAUUUCUGGAGACAAAGGAAAUAUUUCUCAGGAGACUAUAACUGAGAAUACAAGCAAAACCACUAAUGAUCUCAUUAACAAAGUGCAACCUGUACGAUCCCAUUCUUGUUCAGUGAGUGCAAAUGAAGAACCUAUGAGGUUGGUUUCGAACAGUCAAAUGGAGGACAAAGGAGUUGAUUUAGUGCACAGUAUGGAUUGUGAUGUCACACUUAAUCUGGAGGGUUGCAUCCUUAGUGAAAGAGAAAAACUUAAGGAGACAGAUGAAUACAAAAAAGCAGUGGAGGAAGAAUGGGCUUCUCGACAACGAGCGCUGCAAAUUCAGGCUGAAGAAGCACAAAACUUAAGGCGGCUGCACAAGAGAAGGAAAGCUGAAAGCUUGCGUUUACUGGACAUGGAGAGAAGACAAAAACAACGUGUGGAGGAAAUAAGAGAGACUCAAAAGAAGGAUGAAGAGAACAUGAAUUUGAAGGAAGUCAUUCGUGCUGCAGUCAGAAAGGAGCUUAAUCAACUAGAACUAACGUGCCAUGAUAUGGCUUCGCUGCUGCGGGGCCUUGGAGUUCUUGUUGGUGUUGUUGGGCAAUCUCCAUCAUCUAAUGAGGUGCGCUUAGCUUAUAAAAGAGCUUUGCUGACCUUCCAUCCUGAUCGAGCUUCAGGAUCUGACAUCCGUAAACAGGUGGAGGCUGAAGAAAAGUUUAAGCUCAUAUCCCGCAUGAAGGAUAAAUUUUUGCUGACUUGACAGACCUUUUAGUAAUGGCUAAGUUUGAUAUUCCUGUUGGAACUCUCUCUUGCUAUUGGGAAAUGCUUAUUCAACACCAGUGCUUUGGGGUUUCUUAAGACAGAGAGCUUUGAGCCUUUGAUUAGUCCGCUCGUACAAUGGUCGGCCAAAAUUUUUUUUUUGUAAAGCACAGUUCUUGUAACUUAAAUGGUCUAGGCUAUAGGAUUUUGUAAUCAAUAGGCUUUUCCUUGACAUUACCUCCCCCUGUGUUGCAUAGGCAACUCCUCCGCCCCCCAACCCCAAACAGAGAUAGAGAGAGAGAGAGAGAGAAUGAUGCGAGGGGAAUGGAUCCUGUUUUAAUUCAUCAGUUUAUUGGGGAACUCGUUUGACUUUUUUGGAUUUGCUGCUUGUAAUAUUUUAAGAAUGAUUAACAAAAAGAAAUCUUGAAUUGUCGGA